AUGAACAACAAGAAGGAAUGGAAUGUCCACGCUCGUUUCGGAACGCUGUCCGAUUACUUCGCUGAGCUGGAUCGAUCACUUCGCGUUGACCAGAAAUCACUGCCUGUUUUAUCUGGAGAUUUUUUCACUUAUUCAGAUCGAGAUGAUCACUACUGGAGUGGUUACUUCACAUCUCGACCGUUUUAUAAGCAAAUGGAUCGUACGCUUUUACACCAGCUGCGAGCUGCUGAAAUUGCGUUUUCAUUGCGUUCGAUGAAUGGUGGCUCGCUUUAUAGUAGCGCAUUCGGUAGUCUUGUGGAAGCAAGGAGAGCAUUGUCAUUAUUCCAACAUCACGAUGGUGUAACUGGUACGGCAAAAGAUUAUGUUAUGAAAGAUUAUGGAAACAAAUUUGUCGUUCUGUUCAACACACUGUCGCGAUCAAGAAAUGAACCUGUAUGCAUUCGAGUGGAUUCGUUACGUGCUGCAGUGAAAGCUCCCAAUGGAAAAGAGAUUCGGCAACAAUUGUCACCUGUAUUUGAACUUCAAAAUUCCCAUUUGGUAGCAAGCAAAAAUUACGAGCUUUGUUUCGUCGAUCAAUUGAAUGCGUUUGGAGUGAGCGUUUACGAGGUGAUUGAAAAACCAGACAAUAAGGGAUCUCUUGCGACAGUCAUGGCUGCGAGCAACUCAGCAGUGAGCGGUUUUGAUUUCGAGGCGAUCAAAGGAGAGAAGUUUUUGCUGAAAAAUGAGCAACUUGAGGCAAUCUUUAGCGCUGCUACCGGCUUUUUGCAGUCUGUAUUACCUAACAAUCAUCGAGAAAUAGUAGUGGAUCUUCACUUUGUACAUUAUGGCGCACGGGAUAAUAGGAAAAAA